AUGUCGGAGCCAACGACAAUUGAAAGUUCAAGCUUCAAUCAGCCCUCUGGAUACAGCGUCUCUGAAGAAAUGAUGGAAGACCUGGACGACUAUCAGUUCUGUCCAAUAAAAAAAGAGAAUGUGGAGGAAGAAGAGGAGUAUUUAGAAGUGAUAGAGCCCAGUGAAGAGAGUUGUCAAGACGACAAUGAUUUGCCCAUGGAAGGAACGGAGGAGAUCCCGGAAAUGAUCAAUUUGACAGGGAGAGGUCAGGUACGUUAAUAUUAGUAAAUUUUGAUUCUGUUCGUUCAAAACUGAGAUUUUUUUUCAAUGAAAGUACUUCAAUGGGGUAUGGAGUUACAGGUCGAGAAAUAUAUCAAAAAAAUCGCAUUUUUUUUUGCUGGUUCAGAAUAUGUAAAAAUUAGCUGCCUAAUUUUGGUUUGUAAGGGUGAAAAAACUCAAAAGUUUUCUCGCAACACCACGCAAAUGCCUUUUUGACCAAGUUUUUACCAAUUCAAAAGUUUUGUUUUGAGCUAAAGUAAACCCUGGCAACUUUAAAAGUCUUAAAAUAUCAAAUUGGAUUGAUACUACAACUUAAUUGGUAGUUUCGAUAUAAAAAAGGGCAUGAUAUUUUACGGCUUGUCAAGAUGCCAGGGUUUACUUUAGCUCAAAACAAAACUUUUGAAUUUGUGAAAACUUUGUAAAAAAGGCAUUUGCAUGGUGUUGCGUGAAAAUUUCUGAGAAUUUUUUUACCCUUACAAACCAAAAUUAGGCAGCUAACUCUUACAUAUUCUGAAUCAGAAAAAUUUUACGAUUUUUUGAUAUAUGUCUCGACCUAUAACUCCAUACCCCAUAGAAGUACGUUCCUUAUGAAAAAUCAAUGCAGGGUGCAGCUGACCUUUUUUCUUGCACAGUGCGGCACGACGGAAAAUCCAGGCACUUUGUGAAAAUGGGAAUAGUUCUUUCGGAAAGAGGUUUUAUUAUGGCGUUUGCGCUGUGCGAAAAAAGUCAGGGUGCGAAAGACAUCCCAAAAAAGGCUAUUGCACGGUGCAAGAAGGAAGAAAUUGCACAGUGCAAAGAAAAAUUUUUUUUCUCACAGUGCAUGUCGCCGAUUUCAGUCCGGUGACUUUCCGGGAGGACAUGUACAGUGAGGGACCUCCAAUGGCAAAAAACGUCUCAUUUUGCAUCCCGGAAGGGACCAAAAUGACUCCAAAGCCUUCCCUUCUCUAAGCUAAACAACUUCGCUUUGAAAAGCGCGCCCUUUCCUUCAAGGCGGGCUCUUCAAAGCGGGGUUUUUAGCUUAGAGAAGGGAAGGGUUUGGAGACAUUGUGGUCCCUUUCGGGAUGCAAAAUGAGACGUUUUUUGUCAUUGGAUCCGGUCCCUCACUGUAUGAGCCCUCAGCAUACCAAACUCUAAAUUUCAAGACUGAUAAAACCUCUCUUUCAGACCAAAGUUUCGGGUCGGCAAUUUUUUGACGACAUUACCGACCUGGUUUUGAAACACCCAAACGAAUUCCGAGGCACGCGCUAUUCGUUCGCAAAAGUGGCGGAGGAAUUGGCCACCAAGUACGGGGUGGAAGCAGGGCCGGAUUUCAGGACACGGGUUGCCGCUACCUGGAACAAUCAUCGCCGUUAUUUGAUGGUCUUGGAGAACAAAGGAAGAGAGUUAACGAAGGUUGGUUUGAGCGUUUUAGUGAUUAAUAUUCGACUUGUUUGGACUGUGUGCGGUACGGACUAUAUAAAAAAGAGUUUUCAUUUUCGAAUUUCAGCGUGAGCAAUGGAUUCUGAACUUCAAAAAAGGAUGUAAUAUGGAAAUCAACGAGUCAGAAGUAAGUGAAAGAGAAUGUUUUUGGUGUCUUUUCUGCAAGUCUGGGCCCGAAAUUUUCCUAGCUUGGACUGUUUUUGGUGUCUUUCCUGCAAGCCUGGGCCCGAAAUUUUCCUAGCUGGACUGUUUUUGGUGUCUUUCCUGCAAGCCUGGGCCCGAAAUUUUCCUAGCUUGGACUGUUUUUGGUGUCUUUCCUGCAAGCCUGGGCCCGAAAUUUUCCUAGCUUGGACCUGAAAAAUUUAAAAUGAUUUUUUGGAACCCAUGAAAUUGCAAUCCCAUCUGGGGAAGACCAUGCAUUUUUCUUGGUCUUCUUGAAGUAAUCAUGCAAAAUUUUGGAGCGAUUUUUUAUGGAAUCUCGAAAAUCGAAGCCCGGGGCCGAGCCGCAAAAUUAGACGGCGCGAGCCGCAAAACUUUGGAAAGUCCGCCAUGCCUAGACUUCGCCCUAAUAAAAAUGACUAAUGCUUUCGGAAAUGAUGUCAGUCUGUCGGGAAAAUAAUGAGCAAUGUCGCAGCUGAUCACGUCGCUACAGUGAAAAGCAAUUUUAUUUCGCCGUGACGAAAUUCAUUUUCUCGACGACAAUGCGAUUUUCGAUGCGACAGAGCGCUCAGUAUUUUCCCGACAGACUAACUUUUCUCUGGGCUGCUCACACCUAACCUAUGUUUCUUUCAUCCCCAAGUGCAGGCCCGCAAAACCACUCGGCACAGCCGAAAGAAGAUCAAAAAGACCACCGCACUUAUGGAAGCAGUCGCUUCUUGUUCCCACUUGAAGAAAUCCAACAAGGCGGGCGGAAACUCGGUGUUCUGGACACUAGUCGAGCAACGCUUCUUGGAGCGGCUUCCCAAUUGCAGCAGAAAAGGGCUGCGCCCAAAACUUCAGCAGAUCCUUUCUGGGGUUACGGUACGAGCUAGAAAAAAGGUUGCUUCUGGCCGGAAGCUGAAAUCGGUGAGUGAAUUUGCAGACCGGACAGUGCAAAACGAAAUUUUUAUUAACUUAUAAGCCCAAUUUCAGGAUGAGAAGCUGGCUUUGAAAGUCAACGGCAACGGAAACUGCAACUCACCCAAAAACUCAACCGCCAACGAUCAAGAUGAUCGUUCGCAUGCUCGGAGAUCACGAAGAAGCGCAACAACAAUUCAGAACACCUCCGUCACAAGCUUGAACUAUUCCGACGCCUUCAAGUUCAUUGUGUGCAACGCCGUUGCGAAACAUCCUGAGCUCUUUGUAGCUCAAAGAACAAGAAAUUUCAAGUUGGGGAAAGAGAUUUGGAAGCGAAUCGAAGAGGAGAUCAGAGAGGGUCAUCCCGGACCGGAAAAUUUAAGUGCCAUUUGCCAGGCUUGGCAACGCUGCAAAGAACAUGCUUUUUCCCACAAGAAAAGCGGGAAAAUGAGAGAGGUAAGGAUUACUUUGGGGCAUCAUUCGAUUUAGAGCACAAUUUUUGAUCUUUCCGCUGUGCUGGGUGGUUUGGUGGGCCUCCAUUUGGGGCUGAAACAAACGUAGAUAGAUUUAGAAGGUUAGGUUUGGGCAGCUCAGAGAAAAUUUAGUCUGUCGGGAAAAUAAUGAGCACUCUGUUGCAUCGAAAAUGGAGACGCCGGCGAGAAGGUGAAUUGUGCCGCGGCAAAAUCAAAUCGCUUUUCACUUCAGCGAUCGGCGCGGCGGCAGUGCGCUCAGUAUUUUCUUGACGGGCGAUCAUGUGCAUGGACACUUUUUUUUGCUUUCGAGCAUUUGAGGACAGAAAAAUUAUGAAAUAUAAUAUUAAUAUAUAUAAUAUUAUACUUCAAGUAGAUGUUCGAGGUGUUAAAUAAUCGUUUUUCAUUUCAGAUUGACAAACUUGUUUUUGACAUUCUAUCAAAGAACUCACCAGAAUCUCUUUCCCGAAGAUUGGACACAAUUAACCGGUCUGUUGGUCAACGCGAUUCUAAUUUCUUAGAAUCUCUUUCAACUGAAAUGGAUACAACUGUGGUUUCGGAAAGGUCGGAAAGUUCGUCGGGACGUCCCAGAAGAUCUUGUCGAUCUUCCGUGGCCAAUUACAAAGAUCCAGUGUUGGAGUUGAGCUCCGAAGACGACGAAAUCGAUUCAGCAGCUCCUUCUGCGGCCGUCAGCAGGAGAAGUGUGACUAAAAACAGUCAAAGGAUUGAGUUAGCAUCUGCCGAAGCUGUUGCGCCCACCAGCAGCGUCAUCAGAGAAGGGGGAGGCUCAAAUGCGCCCAGAAAUGAUGAGAAUUCGGCUAAUAACGCUCGUCAAACUCCAAUGCCGUUAACUGAGAAGGAGCCGAGUCAGAAUCUAAACUCUUCCACAACCUCUGAGACCGCUCCAAUUUCUGGCUCAUCAACGACGGAGAAAGUUUUGAGGGAAGAAGGCUCAAAUGUAAGCAAAUUUUUGGCUAACGGUGGAAGUACUCCAAGUGCGAGGCUCAGAUUUUGAUGAAACUUGGCACAAAUUUAGAAUAAUUUUUUUUAAGAUAUAUGCGAGAAUCCUGCCUCGCGCUUUGCAGAAACAACCGAGAUUUUUAUAUUGAAAGUCGGUGAUAAUUUUGGACUUUUUGCCAAAUUUCGGCACGAAAAGUUUCAUGCCUAUUUCAACCGUAAAGGAUAUUGUUUCUACAAAAAAUUAAAUUUUUCCGCACGAAACUGCCAAAAUUAUGGCCAAAAAGCGGUUUUCUCUCGGACCGCUCUCCACGUUUAGCGUGCUCUCUCGGCGGUCAAAAAUCGUUCGAUAUCUCGGCCGCGCCCGCAAAGCGCGAGCUAAAACUUUCAGUAAUUGAUAUUUAGUCCAUACCCGACAUGUGUGCAAAAUUUAAAGAAAAUCUGAGCGUCGCACUUGGAGUACUUCCCCUGUAAGAUCAUAUACUUAUUUUUUAAGGUCAGUUAUUGUAAUAUCAAUUUUUUCAGCGCGAAAAUAAGAGCUUAUCCCUUCAAGAGUGGCUGAAAGUCGCUGAAUUUUGCAAACGAACGAAACACGCCUUCCGUUUGGACGGAAACGAGCUGGUUCUCACGGAUCGAGAAGCGCCAGAAAAUGAAUUCCGUCUCCCAAUCGACAGAGUCAUGUCGCAGCUUGCGUAG